AUGGGGUGGGUGAAGGGGGAAGGGGGGGGGGGGGGGGUGGGGGGGUGGUGGGUGUGGGGGGGGGGGGGGGGGGGGGGGGGGGGGGGGGGGGGGUGGGGGGUGUUGUUGUGGGGGGGGGGGGGGGUGGGGGGGGGGGGGGGGGGGGGGGGGGGGGGGGGGGUGGGGGGGGGGGGCAACAAGCACAGCGGUACGGAGGAGGCAGGACAACAUGGAGUAGAGCAGUAUCCAGCCCAACCCUCGUGCGAUCCUACACAGAGCUCUCUGGGGAACACUCUCCUGUGCAUCCUUACAUUGUGGCUCAGCAGAGUCAGAGAUCCAUCCAGGUCGCACAGAACGCCCCCGCCCAGGUCCUCAGCAGCACCCGCGGUCCCCUCACAGACCUGGACGGGGUCAGGCCAGGUACCAAUUGGGGGGGGGGGGGGGGGUGGGGGGGGGGGGGGGGGGGGGGGGGGGGGGGGUAAAACCUCGCGCACCGCGGCCGAAAGUGCGAGCAGGGGGGGGGGGGGGGGGGUAGAGCGGUCGUCCAUAACCUUCGACGCACGGUCACGACACGGGGGGGGGGGGAGGGCCUGGGAUAGGGCGCGUCACACGCGUAUAAGACCCGCCGCCGCUCUCCUCAUCUCAUGA